AGACGCCAUUAAAUGUCCGUUCAGUGAACGUUGGUUAGCCGUUUGCCAGCUCAUCCCUCCAUUUGUUAGCAUAGCUGCAGGUAAUAAUGGAGAGAUAUCAGAUUGAUAAGACACCGGAAUUCAGAGACAGACGUUUCUUACGGUUCAACACACCGCCAUAACGGAGGAGCUGAACCUUAACGGCCGGAGACGAUUCAAAGCAAGAAGAGAAAAGAGUGGAGAAAGGGAACGAGCCAGAACUGGAGACAGAAGUGAAAAGAUGCUGAGAUAAAGGAGAAGCGGAGCUGGAGACAGGAAUGUGAGGAGGAGAAAACGAAGGGAUAAAACAGAGGGAUAGAAGACGGGGAAACACCUGCAGAGUUGGCUGCAGACGGAGGGAUUGUGGAAAGCGGGAAGCAGCUUCAGUCACCAAACCAAACCGGCGCAGACUGAAUUAAGCGUGUCUCCCUGGAGAGUGUGUGCCUAAACUGGGAGGGUGUGUGUUGUCCCGUGUUGAUGAGUGUGUGGGUGUUUUCUGUCACCUUUGAUGGGACAUUAAGAGAUGUGCGCGCUGCAGCGUCUGUGGAUGGGCUGUAGGGGGCGCUGUCCCCCAGUCCUCUCCGUCCUCCUCCUCCCUCUGUACUUCCUGUUUGCUCAGGGAGCCAUCACCAUCCCGAGUCAUUAUAAUUACCAGCCCUCUCAAACGCCUCCCAACCUGACGGUGGUUCCCAAAUCGGUGACGGCGUUUACCCGAGACGACGUGGUUCUGACCUGCAGCGCCAGCGGCAGCCCGACCCCGCUGAUCCGCUGGCUGAAGGACGGGGUCCAGUUCGGCCCAGAGAAGAGCGGUUCCGGAAAGAUCAACGCCUCAGAAGACGAAGAAGCGAUGGAGCUGGAGUCUUACGCCGGCGUCUACCAAUGCUUCGCCUCCAACGACCUGGGCACCGCCAUGACGCAGGCCGUGGAGGUCAUAGUGGAGCCUUAUCCGUUUGUAGCAAAAGAGAACAGACUGGAUAAGACGGCGUAUGAAUCGGAGAGCCUGAUCCUGAGCUGUAACCCUCCGAAGAGGUUGACGCCUCCUCAGAUCUACUGGAUGGGAACCAAGAUGCGUCACAUUCACCAGAAUGACAGAGUGAUGAUCGGCCUGGACGGAAACCUGUACUUCGCCAACCUCAUCAACAGCGACAGCAGAAGCGACUACUACUGCUACGCCCAGUACACUGCAGCCAGGACUAUCAUCCCUGUGACUGUGGCUAGUCUCACCGUCCUACCCAGUAAUGAAGUCGUUCGUGGAAGAAAACCAGAUUUGCUCCAACCCCAUGGCUCCCACACCGCAGUGCAGGCCCUCAGGGGUCAAAGUGUCACCCUUGAAUGUAUCCCCAAAGGCCUGCCGACGCCCUGGGUGGAGUGGCAGAAGACGGACGGUGACCUGAAGACCACGAGCGCCUCGCUGGACAGCUUCGACCGCUGGCUUUACUUCGACAGCAUCACCGAGGACGACGACGGCGAGUACCGGUGCAGGGCGCACAACGUCCACGGGAAUGCUACGCACUCCUUCACCGUCACCGUGAAAGCGGCUCCCUACUGGGUGAAGGAGUUCUCAGACCUGACCCCUGACCCGAUGUACGCGCCGGGGGAGACCGUGAGGCUGGACUGCCUGGCCAAGGGGAAUCCUGCACCCGCCAUCACCUGGAGAAUCAACGGCGAGCCGCUCACAGCGGUGGACGAGGAUCCCCGCCGCAGCGUGGCCGGCAGCGCGCUGAUCCUGAGGGACGUGGUCCUUUCUGACACGGCCAUCUAUCAGUGUGAAGCCACCAACGUUCACGGCUCCAUCCUGCAGAACAUCAACCUGUUUGUCGUCGAGCUGCCGCCUCAGAUCCUGUCUUCUGAUGGGAUUGUGUACAAAGUGUUUGAAGGUGGACAAGUCAACAUGGACUGUGAGGCGUUUGCUGCUCCCCGGCCUCAGAUUACAUGGCUGCGUGAGGACGCCGUUUCUCUGCUGUUGGAUAAUCGCGUUUCCUUAUUCACCAAUGGGACGGUUCAACUGGUCAACGUCACCCAUGAGGACAGCGGCGCCUACAUCUGCUCUGUUGACAACACCAACAUCUCCAUCACCGCUAACCUGGAAGUCUUCAAUCGAACUGUGAUUCUUAUAGGUCCGCAGGACGUUGACGUUGACCGGGGACAAACUGCUUACCUGCACUGUCACUUCUACAAAGAUCCUCGGCUGCGGGCCAACGUCCAGUGGAAAAAGGACGAACGGGACCUGAACUUCCCAAUGCCUAACAAGUCCAGGUACAAUCUCCUCAGGAAUCACACGUUACAAGUGAAAAAGGUCCAGCAAAACGACACAGGCAGGUUUUCCUGUGAGGUCCGAACGGACCCGGUGGGCCAGGUGUCGGUGGCCCACCGGGUCACGGUGUUAGCUCCACCGGACCCCCCCAGCUCUGUAUCGCUGGCCCCCAUGAAGGACUACAGCGCCACCCUCAGCUGGAUCCCAGGAUCUUCGCACAACAGACCCAUAACAGAGUUCAUCGUUGAAGCCGAGGAGAAGCCGCAGUCGGACGGCGGCGCCGCGGCGUGGAGGCACUGGACGACGGCUCCUGGAGACUUCAGGCUCUUGCAGCUCAGCCUGCAGCCUUUCUGCUGGUACCGCUUCAGGGUCGCCGCCGUCAACCAACUGGGCCGGAGCAAAGCCAGCGAGCCCACCAGGCCGCACAGCACUCCGGCUGCAGCGCCGCGUUCGAACCCCACGAAUGUUCGCAGCAACUCCACCGAGCCGGGCGUCCUGCUCAUCACCUGGGACGAGAUGGAUAAACGCCUCCACAACGGCCAGGACUUCCGGUACCGGGUGCACUGGCGGGAGGCCGACGGCAGAAACGCGGAGUGGAACUGGGCCGACGCCAAGUCUCCGCCGUUCGCGGUGAACGACACGGGAACCUUCACGCCGUUUGAGAUCAAAGUCCAGGCUGUCAACGCCAUCGAGUCAGGCCCGGCUGCCGAGGCAAAGACUGGACACUCCGGCGAGGACAAGCCGGAGGAGCCGCCCACCGGCGUGGCCCUCAGCGUGAUGAACAGCACCGUCAGAGUGACGUGGAACGAAGCGCAGAACGUCCGCGGCCACCUGCUGGGCUACAGGCUGUACUUCAGGAGGCUGGGAUCCUCCAGCGGACGGGACAGGAGGUCUCUGGGAAAACACCACCGCACGGCGGAGAAACACCGACUGGAGCCACACAAACUGGCGAACAGGAACAACUGGGUGGAGGUGGUCGAUGGCGCCAAGACGACCGCUGACGUUACUGGUCUGCGUCUGUUCUCCCAGUACGAACUGGAGCUCACCGCCUUCAACAGCAAAGGGGAGAGCCCUCGCUCCUCACCGGUGCGCUUCAACACGCCAGAGGGAGCUCCUGGUCCUCCUGCCUCUCUGACGUUUGAAAGCCCAACGGAAACCUCACUGAUUCUCCACUGGUCUCCUCCGCAUGAAGUUAACGGAGAACUUCAGGGCUACGAGGUCCAAUAUCAGCAAGAGGGGGGCAGCCAGACGGAGAUCCAGAUAUCCAGAAUCAAUGUUUUGAACAAAAACCAGGCUGAACUGACCAAUCUGGACCCGAGCAGCUAUUACCUGUUCAUGGUUAUCGCGUGCACCGCAGCAGGAUGUGGCCCGCCCAUCACGCGGAGAGGCGCCACGCUGCUGGAAGGAGCUCCUCCCACAAACAUCACCGUGGUUUCCAGUGUCACGUCCUUCAACCUGAGCUGGGUGCCUGAGGACCGGCACCGGAACCACGGCUUCCACAUCCACUUCCUCCGGAAGAGCGCCGGCGGUCAGUGGGAGGAGUCAGAGCUGAUCAACUCCACGCAGGGUUUCUAUUCGCUGACGGGCCUCCAGCCAGGAACCGAGUACAGCCUGAGGAUCCUGCACGACAACAACACGCACUGGCAGGAAAUGCUGCGGACCGUCGGACCAGUGCCGUCGGAAAUGCCGGGCCGGUUUGCCACGCAGGGCUGGUUGAUUGGACUCAUCAGCGCCAUCGUCCUCCUCAUCCUCAUCCUCCUCAUCCUCUGCCUCAUUAAGCGCAGCAGGGGGGGGAAAUACGCAGUGAAGGACAAAGAGAAAAAAGACAUCGACUUCGAUCUUCAGAACAAGGAUGAAACCUUCGGCGAGUACAGAUCUCUGGAGAGCGACGGAGACGAGAAGCGCUCGGACAGCCAGCGGUCCCUGUGCGACGACAGCAAGCUGGGGAGCGAAGACUCGCUGGCCGAGUACGGGGACAGCGUGGACAUCCAGUUCAACGAGGACGGCUCCUUCAUCGGCCAGUACAGCGGCCGCUCCGCCGCCGCCGCCGCGCCGCACGGCAGCUCCGGCCCGGCCUCCCCGCUGAACCCGGCGCCGCCGCCCCCCUUCGCUCCCUCCAUGUCCGGCAUCCUGAACCGGCCCAGCUAGAUCCACAACCAGAACCGCCUACACAUGCAUGUCUGCAGCAGAACGGCAGAGACGGACCCGAUUCCACUUCCUGGUUCCGACAGGAAGUUUUACUCUCCAUGUUUACAGCUUUUGAUGCAAAACUGCUAACUGUAAGAAAAAUGAACAAAUUUGGCUCCUUUAGAGAAACAAAUAUAUCUUCAUUAAAUUCAUUCCACUGUCUGAUGCUGCAGUGAGUAACUCUCUACUGUUCAACUCUGCAAAAACACAGAAUAACGCCAAGAGUUUGGAGUGCAGAUAAAAUUACACUAAAUUAAGACAAAACUAAUUUAAAUUCAUCUUAUCAGCAAGAUUAGAAACUUAUUUUAAGUAAAUAAUUCAUUAAUAAUGAUGAAAAAGUUCCAGUUCCAAGUAAAUUAAACCAGUAUUUUUUCAUAUUAAGGAAUUACUUUGUUAAAAGAAGCUUUAAAUCUUACUGAUAAGUUAUUUUCAUGUUAGUUUUGUCUUAAUUAAAGCCUGUUAAUCUAUUUGCACUACAAACUGGAUUUACACUUGGUAUUAUUCUGUGUUUUUGCAGUGAAUCUUCACUGCCGUAUUUUUAACCGUUGCUGUAAAGCAUGGAGUUAGCAGCUUUGUACUGUUGAGCUCACACAAUAUUAAUAUUAUAUUAUUAUCGCUCUGUCAGAAUAUAACGGCUUCAAAUUUCUCCUUCACCGAUAAAAAGCGAAAGCUGGCGCAGCUGGGAGCAUUACAGGACAAAUAUGACGCAUUUAGCUGAACUUCCCAUGAAUAUUUCAGCCUCAUCCUGGGUUUUUUUUCAUCCAUUUUUACUCAAACAUCAUCAUUUCUUUUAUAUAAGCAUUUAAAUUUCUUCUUGACCGAACUGGGAACGAUGCAGACUUUGGUUUUGAGAGGAUAAAUCGGUACUAACCUCUGCUUCUCUGUGCAGCUUCAGUGCGCAACUAAACCAUGUAAUCAGAGUAAAGUAUAAAUCCCUCAAUAUAAUGUUUAAUUUCACACAUUUUCAACGUGCCUCUCAGUUUUUAAAGGGAAAAGUUUAACCGAAUUGUAAUAAAGUGUAGUUAGUCCCCUUGGCCACCAGAUGGAGCCAGUUUUAACUGACUGCAGUGAUUUUCAGUUGCAAAAAGCUCGCAGCUUCCUAUGCAGAGGCGGGAAAAUGAUUAUGCAGGCAGGAAGAAUCUCACGUUUUCCUUCUCUGAAUGUAAAUAAAACCUCAAGAUUGUCUCUUUUUGUUACUUUAUACAGCUUGUUUUAUAAAAUAACCAAAUUGUUUUUAUUAUCUAUUGACGUGUUUGAUUUUGAGCGUUUGUAACGUCCUGACCCACCGUCUGCUGUUGACCUUUACCCUCGUGUCACUUAGUAGCUCCAGAUCCUGUAGAGACGAAAAUUAGGAAAUUCAACCCUCUUCCUGUUUCCUGUAGAGCUUAGAGACGCAGCAGAAGUACAGAUUAUUAAAUGUGACGUUCAAACGGACGUAGACAAAUGGAGUAAAUGUCUGCCAAAAAAACUCAGAAAUGUUCAGAUUAAUCUCACAUUUUUGAGUCAAAAAAAGUCUACAAAGAACUACAAAAUU